AUGGCCAAAUUCUUCAAAGUCCCGCCUGCUAGCAGGUUUGCUGGAAAAAAACAGGACAUGUGGUCAUUCGUCAACGAGGCAGCUACUAAAUCUCCUAUAACACCAAUUGUCAAUAUGGGACAGGGUUUCUUCGGAUAUAACCCACCGCAAUUCAUCAUUGAUGCGGCCAAAGAUGCCAUGGAUCUUCUUGACUGUAACCAAUAUGCGCCCACUAGAGGGCGUCCACGACUAAAGCAAGCCUUGUCUGAUGCGUAUUCACCCAUGUGGGGAAGGAAACUCAACCCUCAAACUGAAAUAACCAUUACAUCAGGUGCCAAUGAAGGUAUACUUAGCGCAUUCAUGGGAUUUGUCGAGCAGGGUGAUGAGGUUAUUGUUUUCGAACCAUUUUUCGAUCAAUACAUCAGUAACAUCGAAAUGGCCGGGGGUAAAGUAGUUUAUGUUGCGCUACAACCACCUGCUUCUGGAGACUCAAAGAACACAGCGGCAGCCGAUUGGAGCAUUGACUUCCAAGAGCUCGAGGCUGCUAUCACGCCCAAGACUAAAAUGAUAGUUCUUAACACUCCUCACAAUCCAAUAGGGAAGAUUUUUUCCAAGGAAGAACUCACUCACAUUGGCGAAAUUUGCGUGAAGAAUAGUAUUUUAAUCUUAUCAGAUGAGGUAUAUGACCGACUAUUCUAUGUACCAUUCACUAGAAUUGCUACUAUUUCACCAGAAAUUGAGAACCUCACACUGACAGUUGGAUCUGCGGGUAAGAGUUUUUGUGCCACAGGUUGGCGAGUAGGAUGGCUGAUAGGGCCGUCACACCUAAUCGAUUACGUGGCGGCAGCACACACUCGGAUUUGCUACACCUCGGUCGGGCCGCUCCAGGAAGCAACAGCGGUAGGAUUUGAACAGGCUGACUCUCACAAUUUCUGGGAAACCUCCAGGACACAGAUGAAGCAUAAAGUAGACUACUUUAACGAGAUUUGGGCCGAGCUCGGCUUGCCAUUUUCUAAUCCUGAGGGUGGCUACUUUGUCCUUGUAAAUAUGAAGAAGGUUAAAUUUCCAGAUAACUAUCCGUUUCCACCUCAUGUCUCUUGUAGGAUGAGAGACUUUCAACUCUGCUGGUUUCUUAUACAGGAACUAGGCCUUGCCGCCGUUCCCCCCUCUGAAUUCUUUACCGCCAAGAACUCUCACAUGGGAGAGAACUGGCUUAGGUUUUCUGUGUGUAAAGAAGAUGACGAUCUCACCCGCGCUAAAGAGAGACUAAGGGGCCUCAAGAAAUUCAUUGAAUAG